UGCCCGGCUGAGGUGCUCUGCUCUUGGGGGGCCAGAUGCGUGUCCUUCUCGUUUUUAACGAACACCGCCGCAUGUGGCUACGGACCUCUACACAUACUGUUCACCGCCCCAGUGAAGCAAGCGGAAAUGUCCGACUUCGAAUCAGUACACCAGCUGGCGCAAGCCACGGCCUCCAAUAAGGACAUCCCAGAUGAACUCACGUUCGCGGAGGUCAUCAAGAACCGAACGGCUCCUCCCUGCUCGCUGAGUAACUUCAUGGACUACUUGUACUACGUCGAACACAACGCCGAGCCUCUCCAGUUCUUUCUGUGGUACUGUGACUACAUCCACAGAUGGAGUAGCUUGCUGCCCAGGCAGAAAGCCCUUGCUCCGGUCUGGGAUCCAGCCAGGACAGCCGAGCCAAGGUCUCGCUUCAUCACAUACAGCCACAAGAGGGCUAGGAGUCUGAAGAUGAGCAAGAUCAUCUCCAUCAUGGAGAUGAAUUUAGAAAACGAGACGUCUAGCCCGCCUAGAGACGAAGGAAGCCGCAAAAGCACUUCCUCGUCGUCUUUGAGCUCUUCCCGCCCACGAACGCCUCCGUCCGCUGUGCUCAGCCCGACCGAGUCCACAAAGGGAGACUGGCAGCCAUUUACGAUCCAGCCCUUCAGGGACGAAGUCAGCCGCGUCGUGAGGCAGUACAUAGCGGAAUCCGCGCCUCGCCAGCUGAACCUCGCGCCCCACGACCGCGAAGCGUGCCUGCGAGCCGCUCAGCACACGACACACCCGUCCUCGCUGCUGCCCGCAUUCACGGCCGCCGAGGCCAACCUCAGGGGGACGUCUCACCCCAACUUCAUCCGCUGGUCCAAGUCAAACGCCAACCGGGCCCGCGUCGUCUUCAUCCGCGUCAUUGGCAUCGUUCUCGUGCUGCUAGGCCUGGGCCUCGACCUGGUCCUGAUUCUCUCGCGGCGCAACAACUUCCUGCGCGUCGUGUGCAUCGUGCUCUGGUGGCCCGGCUUGGCCAGCCUCAUCGCCUCCGUCCACAACCUGUGCCCGGUGCUCCACUUCAACAACAAACGCCAGCUGCGGCCGUGGGAGCUGGUCGACGGCGGCGGCGGCGACCAAACCGACUAUGCCUUUGAGCAGCAGCAAGACGAAAACCGCUUCACAACCCCGAACAACAGCAGCAUCAGAAAGAGCAACGACGAUGACGAAAACGCCGCCGCCGCCGCCAUGACAAAGGCCGACCGCAUCCGUAGCAGCUACCACUCGCACUGCCGGCAGCACCACUCGCGCAGGGGCACGCAAACCAGCAUCGCCAGCAGUACCAGCAGCAACAGCAACACGGACCCGCUGCGCAAGACGAGCCUGCAGACAUUCGGGCCACGGAACCAGUACGCGCGCGACGCGGGGUGGGCGGCGGCGGGGUGGGCGCGGCGGCCGCUGGUGCUGGGGAGGAUCUUUGGGGAGACGGUGCGCGUGCAGAACGGCGCGCUGCAGCUGCUGCAGGACCGUGCCGUCUUCUUCGCGGUGCUGUACGGCGGGCUGGCGGCGUCGGCGCUGACGGCCGCGUCGCUGUUUGCGCCCGCUGGGAAUAUGUUUCUCUGACUAGCUGGCUGACUGGCGGCCGGUUGGUCAUCAUUGAAAUCACAGAUAGGGGGUUUGAUUCGAUGUUUUUUUUUUUGGAUAUGAUAUGAUAUAUACCCAUCACCGCUCCUUUCUUAUA